AGAUAACGGCCUUGGCGCUUCGAACAAUAUUCAAAUAAAUCUUUGAGAUUAUUAUUAUCAUUUAUAUUUUUAUCAUCAACGCUGUUUUCGAUUUAAGACUUGUUAUCUACACCUGAUACGUCCGCUCCAUCAAUAAUAAUCGUAGUCCGAGUUUCGAAACAAGUCUUCACGCUCCGCAGUAUAUAUUGCCGCAUUAAAUAAUAUUUAGUCUUAUUCGUUCGUCGUUACUCGUUCGUGUUCACGCUCUCCGCUAUCUUUAUUCAGUAAUUUUAACUUCUUUUCGUCAAUUUACUAUUGUUAUUAUCGACUCAGCCAUGCGUUUGGGUUCAGUCAUUCCGGAUUUCUCUGCUGUCACCACCAAAGGUCCCAUAAAAUUCUACGAAUGGGCCGGUGAUUCAUGGAGUGUUUUAUUUUCUCACCCUUCUGAUUUUACACCAGUGUGUACCACUGAGUUGGGUAAAAUGGCCGUGCUGAUCGACGAAUUCAAAAAACGCAAUGUCAAAGUCUUGGGUUUGUCUUGCGAUACAAUGGAAAGCCACGUUAAUUGGAUAAAUGACAUUCACUCAUAUUGUUUGGACAUCAAAGGAGAAUUUCCAUAUCCCAUUAUUAGCGACAGCACACGAGACUUGGCUGUACAACUUGAUAUGAUCGCCGAGGAAGACAAGGACAAUGUUGAGUUGGCAAUGACUAUUCGAUCUCUUUACAUUAUUGGACCUGACAAAAAAGUUAAACUCAUGAUGGUCUACCCGACUAGCACUGGUCGUAAUAUUCAAGAGAUUUUACGUUGCAUUGAUUCACUUCAGUUAUGUGAAAGAAAAAAUACCAUUGCUACACCAGCAAAUUGGGUGCCUGGUGAAAAAGUUAUGAUCCUACCUACAGUAAAAGAUGAAGACCUCGAUAAACUCUUUCCAAAUGGUUACGAAAAACGUUCAAUGCCUUCUUCAGUUGAUUACUUAAGAACAACUACAGAUUAUUAAAAUACAAUAUUAUUUGAAUCUGUUAAUCAUAUUUAUUUAAAAGAGAUUUAUUUUUCUUGAGAUGUAUUUUUUAAAUAUAUUAUUAUUUGUUUAAACCAUAUUUUAUAAUUGCUCUAGUAAUUAAUAAUUAUAUAUAAUAUUGAAAACAAUUACAAACACAA